AUGAUAAUGAUGAUGACAAGAAUGAUGAUGAUGACAAAGAGAAGAGCAAGAAAUGGAAGUGGCUUCGAUAAAAUGUCGUUGCCAUCGAGAUCGAAAUCGAUGCUUGACUUGGAUAAAAUCCAUGGCGCGUUUCGUUUAAUCGCUCUUGAUGACUUUACUAACUUCAACAGGCUCUUUCAUGGCAAGUCAAAGAAAGAGGCGUCGGAGCGGCUGUCGAAACACAAGCAUUUCGUCGCUCCGACGCCACCGCAUCGGGAUGUCUUCGUGCUGUGGGCGGUGGUGGAGUCAGGUCGAGGGCCCCGGCCUGACUUCGGGGGGAGUUACGGCUGA